AUGAGGUUGAUGCUGCUGUGCUGCACCUGGAGGGACGAGCCUAUGGGAGAGGACGAAGGUGCGUGCUGCGAGUGCGGGGCCUCCCUGUCCCACCAGUACUACGAGAAGGAUGGGCGCCUGUACUGCAAGAAGGAUUACUGGGCACACUUCGGGGAGCUCUGCCACGGCUGCUCCGAGCAGAUCACCAAAGGGCUGGUUAUGGUGGCCGGGGAGCAGAAGUACCACCCCGAGUGCUUCAGUUGCCUCAACUGCCGUACGUUCAUUGGGGACGGGGACACCUACGCGCUGGUGGAGCGCUCCAAGCUCUACUGUGGGCACUGCUAUUACCAGAUGGUGGUGACGCCGGUCAUCGAGCAGAUCCUGCCGGAUUCGCCGGCUUCCCGCAUCCCGCACACCGUCACGCUCGUCUCCAUCCCCGCCUGCUCCGACGGCAAACGCGGCUUCUCCGUCUCCAUCGACCAGGGCUGCGGCACCGAGCACCCCCGCACCGUCCGCGUCCGCGAGGUAGAUCCAGACUGCAUCAGCCCUGACAUGAAGAACUCCAUCCACGUGGGCGACCGCAUCCUGGAGAUCAACGGCACCCCCAUCGGCCACGUCCCCCUGGAUGAGAUCGACCUGUUGAUCCAGGAGACCAGCCGCCUGCUCCAGCUGACCAUCGAGCACGACCCCCAUGAGCCCCUUGCCCGCGAGUCGGGGCUUGCCUGCAGCCCCCUGCCCGCCCCGUGCAGCCCCCUGUGCUCCCCGGCCCCCCAGCCCUGCGGGGAGCCCAGCGCCAUGCGCCAGCGGACUGUCACGAGGAGCUGCAGCACAGACAAGUCUCCGGGCUCCGGCUCUGUGGGCUCACCCGCAUCCCAACGCAAGGACAUCGGUCGCUCCGAGUCUUUGCGUGUUGUCUCCCGCGCCCAUCGCAUCUUCCGCCCCUCCGACCUGAUCCACGGCGAGGUGCUGGGCAAGGGCUGCUUCGGCCAGGCCAUCAAGGUGACGCAUCGGGAGACGGGCGAGGUGAUGGUCAUGAAGGAGCUGAUCCGCUUUGACGAGGAGACGCAGAGGACCUUCCUCAAAGAGGUGAAGGUGAUGCGCUGCCUGGAGCACCCCAAUGUGCUGAAGUUCAUCGGGGUGCUGUACAAGGAGAAGAGGCUCAACUUCAUCACGGAGUACAUCAAGGGAGGCACCUUGAGGAGCCUCAUCAAGAGCAUGGACAGCCACUACCCCUGGAGCCAGCGGGUCAGCUUCGCCAAGGACAUCGCCGCUGGCAUGGCCUACCUCCACUCCAUGAACAUCAUCCACCGUGACCUCAACUCUCACAACUGCCUCGUGCGGGAGAACAAGAGCGUGGUGGUGGCCGAUUUUGGGCUGGCGCGGCUGAUGGUGGACGAGAAGAACCAGCCCGAACAUCUCAAGAACCUGAAGAAACCGGACCGCAAGAAGCGGUACACGGUGGUGGGGAACCCGUACUGGAUGGCCCCCGAGAUGAUCAAUGGGAGGAGCUACGAUGAGAAGGUGGACAUCUUCUCCUUCGGCAUCGUCCUGUGCGAGAUCAUCGGCCGGGUGAGCGCUGACCCUGACUACCUGCCCCGCACCACCGACUUCGGCCUCAAUGUCAGGGGCUUCCUGGACCGCUACUGCCCCCCCGCCUGCCCCCCCAGCUUCUUCCCCAUCGCCGUCUGCUGCUGCGACCUGGACCCCGAGAAGCGGCCGUCCUUCAGCAAGCUGGAGCAGUGGCUGGAAACCCUCCGCAUGCACCUGGAGAUCCAUCUGCCGCUGAGCUCCCAGCUGGAGCAGUUGGACCGCGCCUUCGGAGAGACGCACCGGAGGGGCGAGGGCGGGCUGCCAGCACCCCCCCGAUAG